CAUCGUGCUCUGCCCGGUUCCCGCGCCGGGACCGCCGAGUACGUUGUUCUGCCCGGCGCUCUGGGCUUGCGAGCCAGAGUCGGGUGGGCGGCUUCAUCAACGUGGGGCGGGCCGACCGGAAGCCUGCGGUUGUGGCCCCCGCCUCGGGAGCUCUGGGAGCUCGGGUGACCGCGUAGAAAUGAACACAGAAGCAGAACAACAGCUUCUCCAUCAUGCCAGAAAUGGCAAUGCUGAAGAAGUAAGGCAGCUGUUGGAAAACAUGGAGAGGAAUGAAGUAAUUGCUGAUAUUAAUUGCAAAGGAAGAAGUAAGUCUAAUUUGGGCUGGACACCUCUUCAUCUGGCAUGCUAUUUUGGACAUAGACAAGUGGUCCAGGAUCUGUUGAAGGCUGGUGCAGAAGUGAAUGUGUUAAAUGACAUGGGAGACACGCCACUUCACCGAGCUGCCUUUACAGGACGGAAGGAGUUGGUAAUGCUUCUUUUAGAAUAUAAUGCUGAUGCUACUGUUGUUAAUGGGAGUGGACAGACAGCAAAGGAAGUCACUCAUGACAAGGAAAUUAGAAACAUGCUUGAAGCUGUAGAAAGGACUCAACAAAGAAAGCUUGAAGAAUUACUUCUAGCAGCAGCAAGAGAAGGCAAAACAGCAGAACUCACAGCUCUGCUCAACAGGCCCAAUCCUCCUGAUGUUAACUGUUCGGAUCAGUUAGGAAAUACACCCUUGCACUGUGCAGCUUACCGGGCCCAUAAGCAGUGUGCCUUAAAACUACUAAAAAGUGGAGCCGACCCUAACCUGAAGAACAAAAAUGAUCAGAAACCUCUUGACCUUGCCCAGGGUGCUGAAGUGAAACACAUCUUUGUUGGUAAUAAGGUCACUUACAAAGCAUUGAAACGAUAUGAAGGCCCUCUCUGGAAGAGUUCAAGAUUUUUUGGCUGGAGAUUAUUCUGGGUAGUGUUAGAACACGGAGUCCUUUCAUGGUAUAGGAAACAGCCUGACGCAGUUCGUAAUAUUUAUCGCCAGGGAUGCAAACACCUGACUCAAGCAGUGUGCACGGUAAAAUCCACUGAUAGCUGCCUCUUCUUUAUUAAAUGCUUUGAUGACACUAUUCAUGGCUUCAGGGUUCCUAAGAAUAACCUUCAACAGUCAAGAGAGGACUGGCUGGAAGCAAUAGAAGAGCAUUCUGCUUACAGCACUCACUACUGUUCCCAGGACCAGUUGACCGAUGAUGAAGAGGAAGAUGCAGUAUCUGCUGCAGACUUGAAGGAAUCCUUAGAGAAAGCACAAACAUGCCAACAGAGACUAGACAGGGAAAUUUCCAGCUUUCUCAAAAUGAUUAAGGAGUGUGACAUGGCUAAAGAAAUACUUCCAUCAUUUCUUCAGAAAGUUGAAGUUGUCUCUGAAGCUUCUAGAGAAACUUGUGUAGCUUUGAGUGAUUGCCUUAAUCUCUUCACUAAACAAGAAGUGGUGAGGAAUUUUAAAUUGGAACAGGAGCAAGAAAAAAACAAAAUUUUGUCAGAAGCCCUGGAGACUCUAGCUACUGAACAUCAUGAAUUAGAGCAGUCUCUGGUUAAAGGAUCCCCACCUCUCAGCAUCCUUAGUGAGGACGAGUUCUAUGAUGCGUUGUCAGAUUCCGCGUCCGAGCAGUCCCUGAGUAGAUUGGAAGUGGUGACAGCACACUCCUUUGAAGAGGAAGGAGAGCAUUUGAGCAGCAGAAGACACAGAAUGUCUGAAGGAAAAGAUUGUGGCAGUGGAGAUGCUCUCUCCAAUGGCAUCAAAAAGCACAGGUAG